CGCCGCAAGGCGACGAGCUGCACCGCACCGCACCGCCACCUCACGCCCCACGCGUCCGCUCCCCAGGCUGCCGGCCCUGCAUGGCGGCAUGGCGCGGCGCGGCGCCUACAUACCCCCGCUCCCGCGCCGCUCGCCUCCUCGCCAGCACCUCCCGGCUCUCCCGGGCUCCCAGCAACCGCUCGCAGACCGUAGUAGAGCCACUGUGACUUCGCCUGCGCAGAGGGGAAUGGCGGCGUUGAGGCGGUGCCUCGCGUUGCUCCUGGCGCUGUGCGCGUGCGCGGCGGCGGGGGCCGACGCCUCCAAGGGGAGGUGGGAGUCGGUGAUCCGGAUGCCGGGGCAGGAGGAGCCCGCCACCGACGAGGCCGUCGGGACGAGGUGGGCGGUGCUCGUCGCCGGCUCCUCCGGCUACGGGAACUACAGGCACCAGGCCGAUAUAUGUCAUGCAUACCAGAUAUUGCGUAAGGGUGGGCUAAAAGAGGAAAACAUUGUGGUGUUCAUGUAUGAUGACAUUGCCAACAGUCCACUCAACCCAAGGCCAGGGGUUAUCAUCAACCAUCCAGAGGGCGAGAAUGUUUAUGCUGGUGUUCCAAAGGACUACACCGGAGACGAAGUGACCACUCAAAACCUAUAUGCAGUUCUCUUGGGCAAUAAAACUGCAGUCUCAGGAGGGAGUAAGAAGGUCAUAGAUAGCAAACCAAAUGACCAUAUAUUUAUCUACUACUCAGAUCAUGGGGGCCCCGGAGUUCUUGGUAUGCCCAACCUGCCAUAUCUUUAUGCUGAUGACUUUGUUAAGGUCUUGCAAGAGAAACAUGCUUCUAAUACCUAUGCAAAAAUGGUUAUAUAUGUGGAAGCUUGUGAAAGUGGCAGUAUCUUUGAGGGUUUGUUGCCUGCAGACCUCGAUAUUUACGUCACAACGGCAUCUAAUGCAGAAGAAAGUAGCUUUGGUACAUAUUGCCCAGGAAUGGAACCAUCACCUCCUUCUGAGUAUAUUACCUGCUUAGGUGACCUCUACAGUGUUGCAUGGAUGGAAGAUAGUGAGAAUCACAACCUGAAGGAGGAGACAAUCAAGAAGCAGUAUGAAGAGGUAAAGAAGCGUACCUCACUCUUGAACAGCUAUGGCGCCGGUUCUCAUGUUAUGGAGUAUGGGGACAAGACCUUCAAGGAUGAGAAGCUUUACCUGUAUCAAGGUUUCAAUCCUGCAAACGCCAACAUGACAAACAAGCUAUUCUGGCGAACCCCAAAGGCUGCAAUCAACCAAAGAGAUGCAGAUCUUCUUUUUAUGUGGAGAAGGUAUGAGAUGUUACAUGAGAAGUCUAAAGAGAGGGUGAAUGUUCUGAGGGAGAUCAGCGAGACAGUAAGACAUAGGAAGCAUCUUGACAGCAGCAUGGAUUUUAUUGGAAAGCUUCUCUUUGGAUAUGAGAAUGGACCUUCAGUGCUUCAAGCUGUCAGGCCUUCUGGCAAGCCACUGGUGGAUGACUGGGAUUGUCUCAAGAGAAUGGUACGGAUCUUCGAGUCCCAUUGCGGUUCGCUCAGUCAGUACGGCAUGAAACACAUGCGAGCAUUUGCAAACAUUUGCAACAGUGGUAUCUCUGGCACCACAAUGAAGGAAGCAAGCAUCAGCACUUGCGGUGGUCAGAACUCCGCGAGAUGGAGCCCCUUGAUCCAAGGGUAUAGCGCCUGAUCGGUAUAUGCUGAAGUACUGUUGGUAUGUUGUUCGCCCUCGGCCUGUGAAUGUGUGGCUCGCAGAUAAACAGUUAAUGUGAAUGUGUGUAUGUAGUAUUGUAUUGGGUAUAGUAUUGUAUUGGGUAUCACUAUACCCAGAAAAUAACCUUCUGGCCGCAGGAACUACACGCGGUAGACACUACGCAAGAAUGUGCUCAUGUUUAGCUGUGUGAUAUAUAUAUAGUCCUUGUGCUGUUGUGUGUA